CCAUGCAGGCGGCAGACGCAGGCGCGGGAGGCGGCGUGGAAGGCGCGGACGAUGGCGCGGACGGCCCCGGCUCUCCCGGCGGGGCGGGCGAGGCGACUGCUGCUGCCCUCGGCAGAGCCCCGCCUGUCACGCGGCCCCGGCACGCCCCUAGGCCCGGCGGAGACGCCGCCGCCACGGCUGGAAGGACGGGCGGCCCCACCUACGUGUUUGCCCUCUGCGUGCCUUUCCCGUCGGCCGUGGAGGCAGAGAUCGCCUGCGGGUCCCUGGCCCCCGACGCCGAGCCCCACGGAGGGGCCGUCGAGAAGCAGCUCACCGUGAGGGGCAGCGUCCUGGCGGUCCGCUGGAGAGCUACGAACCCCCGUCUCCUCCGAAUCUCCAUCAUCAGUUUUCUGGACCAGCUUUCCCUGGUGAUGCGGACCAUGCAGCGCUUCGGGCCUCCGGCCACCCGCUGAGCCCGCGAGGGGCCGGGGCCGGGGCAGGGGCCUCACCUGCUGCCCUUUCCUGGGGCAGCCAUUGCCAGAGCAGCCCCCCCUUCUGUUCGUCCCGCCCCCGCGGCCCGCGGGGUCCCUUUGUUUCGUUGGGCGCCCCAGUGUUUGUGACUGCACAAAAUAAAUGUGAUGUUUGCUAAGA